GCCCCGAAGAGUCGCCCGGCGGCGGCGGCGGCGGCGGCGGUAGACGGAAACGAGUGCGAGCCCCGGCGGCGGCAGGAUGGGCGACUCCAAAGUAAAAGUGGCGGUGCGGGUCCGGCCCAUGAACCGGCGAGAAAUGGAUUUGCAUACCAAAUGUGUGGUGGACGUGGAUGCCAACAAGGUCAUUCUUAAUCCUGUAAACACGAAUCUUUCCAAAGGGGAUGCCCGCGGCCAGCCAAAGGUGUUUGCUUAUGAUCAUUGUUUCUGGUCCAUGGACGAAUCUGUCCAAGAAAAGUAUGCAGGCCAAGAUGAUGUUUUCAAGUGCCUUGGGGAAAGCAUCCUGCAGAAUGCUUUUGAUGGCUACAAUGCCUGUAUCUUUGCCUAUGGACAGACAGGGUCUGGAAAAUCUUACACCAUGAUGGGUACCACUGACCAGCCUGGAUUAAUCCCGAGACUCUGCAGUGGACUCUUCGAAAGAACCCAGAAAGAGGAAAAUGAAGAACAGAGUUUUAAAGUAGAAGUGUCCUACAUGGAAAUUUACAAUGAAAAAGUUCGAGAUCUUCUUGAUCCCAAAGGAAGCCGUCACACACUGAAAGUCCGAGAGCACAGUGUGUUGGGGCCCUAUGUGGAUGGACUUUCUAAACUGGCUGUCACGAGCUACAAGGAUAUCGAGUCCCUGAUGUCUGAGGGGAACAAGUCACGUACGGUUGCUGCAACCAACAUGAAUGAGGAGAGCAGCCGGUCCCAUGCCGUUUUCAAGAUCACCCUCACACACACACUCUAUGAUGUCAAGUCCGGGACCUCUGGGGAGAAAGUGGGCAAGCUGAGCCUGGUUGAUUUGGCUGGCAGCGAACGAGCAACGAAAACUGGAGCUGCAGGUGACAGGCUGAAGGAGGGCAGUAACAUUAACAAGUCCCUCACAACCCUUGGUCUGGUUAUCUCAGCCCUAGCAGAUCAGAGUGCUGGCAAAAACAAAAAUAAAUUUGUUCCAUAUCGCGACUCAGUUCUCACGUGGCUGCUCAAAGACAGUCUGGGGGGCAACAGCAAGACAGCCAUGGUGGCUACCGUGAGUCCCGCAGCCGAUAACUAUGAUGAAACCCUGUCAACACUGCGGUAUGCGGACCGAGCGAAGCACAUCGUGAACCAUGCUGUAGUGAACGAGGACCCCAAUGCCCGGAUCAUCCGGGACCUCCGGGAAGAGGUGGAGAAGCUUCGGGAGCAGCUGACCAAAGCCGAGGCGAUGAAAUCUCCAGAGCUAAAAGACCGGCUAGAAGAAUCUGAGAAGCUGAUUCAGGAAAUGACUGUGACGUGGGAAGAGAAACUGAGGAAAACUGAGGAGAUCGCGCAGGAACGGCAAAAGCAGCUAGAGAGCCUGGGAAUCUCACUCCAGACUUCUGGAAUCAAAGUCGGGGAUGAUAAGUGCUUCCUUGUUAAUCUGAAUGCAGACCCUGCUCUGAAUGAACUUCUAGUCUAUUAUUUGAAGGAACAUACAUUGAUAGGGUCAGCAAAUUCCCAAGAUAUCCAGCUGUGUGGAAUGGGAAUUCUUCCUGAACACUGUAUUAUAGACAUCACGGCAGAAGGUCAGGUUAUGCUGACUCCUCAGAAGAACACCAGAACGUUUGUAAAUGGGUCUUCUAUCUCCAGUCCAACCCAGCUGCACCAUGGAGACAGGAUACUGUGGGGAAACAACCAUUUCUUCAGACUCAAUUUGCCUAAAAAGAAAAAGAAAGAACGAGAGGGUGAGGAGCAAGAUGCCACCCUGAAAAAUGAUAACAGCUUUGAGCAACUGGAUGUGGACGGGGACUCCUCCAGCGAGGUGUCCAGUGAGAUCAACUUCAACUUCGAGUAUGCACAGAUGGAGGUGACCAUGAAGGCCCUGGGCAAUAAUGAUCCAAUGCAGUCAGUAUUGAACAGCCUUGAACAGCAGCAUGAAGAAGAGAAGCGGUCUGCGCUGGAGCGCCAGAGGCUUAUGUACGAGCAUGAGCUGGAGCAGCUCCGGAGAAGGCUGUCCCCUGAGAAGCAGAACUGCCGCAGCAUGGACAGGCUCUCAUUCCACUCGCCCAGUGCCCAGCAGCGCUUGAGGCAGUGGGCCGAGGAGAGAGAAGCAACACUGAGUAACAGCCUGAUGAGGCUGAGGGAACAAAUUGUGAAGGCCAAUCUGUUGGUGAGGGAAGCUAGUUACAUUGCUGAGGAGCUGGAUAAAAGAACGGAAUAUAAAGUCACCCUCCAGAUCCCAGCCUCCAGCCUGGACGCCAACAGGAAGCGAGGCUCUCUUCUCAGUGAACCUGCAAUCCAGGUGAGAAGAAAAGGAAAAGGAAAACAAAUCUGGUCUUUGGAAAAACUGGAAAACCGGCUCUUGGACAUGAGAGACCUUUAUCAGGACUGGAAGGAAUGCGAAGAGGACUCCCCUGUAAUCCGGUCCUACUUGAAGCGUGCUGACCCGUUCUAUGAUGAGCAGGAGAACCACAGUCUCAUCGGGGUGGCCAACGUCUUCCUAGAAUCCCUUUUCUACGAUGUGAAGCUACAGUAUGCUGUUCCGAUCGUCAACCAGAAGGGAGAGGUGGCUGGCCGGCUGCAUGUGGAGGUGAUGCGGCUCAGUGGUGCCAUUGCUGAGAGGAUUGCAGGAGGGGACGACGCCUCAGAGGUGGGCUUGGAGAAGGAGGCCCAGGAGAACAGGCUGGUUUGCAUGGUGAAAAUCCUGCAAGCCACAGGGUUGCCGCAGCACCUGUCCCACUUUGUGUUUUGCAAAUACGACUUCUGGGAUCAGCAGGAGCCAGUGAUGGUUGCCCCCGAAGUGGAUACCUCCUCUUCUCCCAUCAGCAAGGAGCCUCAGUGCAUGGUUGUUUUUGACCAUUGCAGCGAGUUUUCUGUGAACAUCACUGAAGACUUCCUUGAGCAUCUUUCUGAAGGAGCAUUGGCGAUUGAAGUCUAUGGUCAUAAAAUGACUGAUCCCCGGAAAAACCCAGCUCUGUGGGAUUUGGGAAUCAUUCAAGCAAAAACACGGAGUCUCCGGGACAGGUGGAGUGAAGUCACCAGGAAGCUGGAAUUCUGGGUUCAGAUCUUGGAGCAGAAUGAGAAUGGUGAAUACUGUCCUGUAGAAGUGACUUCUGCAAAGGAUGUCCCAACAGGAGGGAUUUUUCAGCUCCGGCAGGGGCAGUCCCGGCGAGUUCAAGUUGAAGUGAAGUCUGUGCAGGAGUCUGGGACGUUGCCGCUCAUGGAAGAGUGCAUAUUGUCGGUUGGGAUUGGGUGUGUGAAAGUUAGACCACUCCGAUCCCCUAGGAUUCAUGAGACUUUCCACGAAGAAGAAGAGGAUAUGGACAGUUAUCAGGAUCGGGAUUUAGAGAGGCUGCGUAGAAAAUGGCUCAAUGCACUAACAAAACGUCAGGAGUAUUUGGACCAACAACUGCAAAAGCUUGUCAGUAAACAUGAUAAAACGGAGGAUGAUGCCGACCGAGAGGCGCAGCUCCUGGAGAUGCGGUUGACUCUCACCGAGGAGAGGAACGCUGUGAUGGUCCCCUCCGCUGGCAGUGGUAUCCCAGGGGCACCAGCAGAAUGGACCCCGGUGCCUGGGAUGGAGACCCACAUUCCUGUUAUAUUCCUUGACCUAAAUGCGGAUGAUUUCAGCUCUCAGGACAAUCUUGACGACCCUGAGGCUGGUGGAUGGGAUGCCACCCUGACUGGAGAGGAGGAGGACGAGUUCUUUGAACUGCAGAUCGUGAAAUACCAUGAUGGAGAGGCGAAGGCGGAGGCCUCCUGGGACUCGGCGGUGCACAGCUGCCCCCAGCUCAGCAAAGGCACCCCUGCUGACGAGCGUGUGUUCCUCAUCGUGCGAGUGACGGUCCAGCUCAGCCAUCCCGCAGACAUGCAGCUAGUCCUGCGCAAAAGGAUCUGUGUCCACGUUCACGGCCGCCAGGGCUUUGCUCAAAGUCUCCUAAAAAAGAUGUCUCAUCGAAGCUCUAUUCCUGGCUGUGGAGUAACCUUUGAAAUCGUCUCCAAUAUUCCAGAGGAUGCCCAGGGAGUGGAGGAACGAGAAGCACUGGCGAGGAUGGCAGCCAAUGUGGAAAACCCAGCUUCUGCUGACUCGGAGGCGCACAUCGAGAAGUACCUGCGGAGCGUGCUGGCCGUGGAGAACCUCCUGACCUUAGAUCGCCUCCGCCAGGAAGUGGCCGUGAAGGAGCAGCUGACGGGGAAGGGGAAGCUGAGCAGGAGAAGCAUCAGCUCCCCCAACGUGAACCGAUUGUCUGGGAGCCGGCAGGAUCUGAUCCCCUCGUACAGUCUCGGCAGCCACAAGGGCCGGUGGGAGAGUCAACAGGAUGUAUCCCAAGCAACGGUUUCCAGGGGAAUAGUGCCAGCCCCCCCAGUUCUCUCCGAUUGUCCCCAGAAUAACCAUUCUCCAGAUCCAGCACGCGGUGGCCUCGCAGCCUCCUACUUGAGUCCCGUGAAGUCCCUGGUGCCGCAGAUGCCAAAGCUGCUGAAGUCUCUCUUUCCUGUCCGAGACGACAGGAGGGGCAAACUCUCCUCUCCCCUCACACAUCAGCCCGCGCCCCGAGUCCUGGUGCAGCCGGCCUUCCCAGGCCCCCCGGCCAGCAGGAUGGAGGAGGCCCAGCGAGAGCCAGAGCCAGAGCGAGAGCGAGAGCGAGAGCGAGAGCGAGGCAGCCCGGCCGCCGAGGCCCCCGCGCCGGCCCCCGACGGGCCGCCCAGCCCGCUGAGCGAGGCCUCCAGCGGCUACUUCUCCCACAGCGUCUCCACCGCCACCCUGUCGGACGCGCUGGGCCCCGCGCCCGAGGCCCCCGCCGCCCCGGCCCCGGCUGCCCCGGCGGUCCCGGAGCCCGAGCAGGCCCCGCCCGCCCCUGCGCCCGCGGCCCCGUUCCGGAUCCAGAAGGUGCGGACCUCGGAGCUCCAGUCCUUCUCCCGCAUGCUGGGCGGCGGGCCCGGGGAGGACCCGGCCCCCGAGGGGCCCGAGGCCGGCUCCGACGGCGAGGAGGCCGGCGAGCUCCCCGACUGGCUCCGGGAGGGCGAGCACGUCGUCGUGGGCGCCAACAAGACGGGCACCGUGCGGUACGUCGGCCCCACCGACUUCCAGGACGGCACCUGGGUCGGCGUGGAGCUGGACCUGCCUUCAGGCAAGAACGACGGCUCCAUCGGCGGGAAGCAGUACUUCAAGUGCAACCCGGGCUACGGACUGCUGGUGCGGCCCGGCCGGGUGCGCAGGGCCGCGGGCGCCGCGCGCAGGCGCAGCCCCCGCCCCCCGGGCGCGCCCGAGGCCCGCCGCAGCGCCCCCCUCUCGGGCUCCACCGCCAACCUGGCCUCGCUGACGGCCGCCCUGGCCAAGGUGGACAGGAGCCACAAGAGCCCCGAGAACCGCAAGUCCUGGGCCAGCUGAGCCCCACCUCCGACCGCGCCCGCGCCCGGAGGCCGCGCCCUGGCGUCUCGGGGUGACGGGGGCCCCGACCCCCGGGAGCAAGGCCGGGGCGCCCAUGGCACGUCGCGAGGCGGCGACCCAUCGCGCCCGCCCGCCCUCCCGGGGCUCGGAACUUCACAUUCUGCAGUGAUGCCCCCCCUGCGGGGCCCGGAAGUUCCUGGGGUCGAGACGCUGGAGGGGGGGCACAGGCGCCCCCCCCUGCCCAGGAACCCCACCGUCCUCACGCUCUUCCUCUAACCAGUGCCUUUCCU